GUGCCGGUGUCGGCCAUGAAGCUGGUAAAUGGGGGAGGAGGAGGAGGUAGCGGAGGAGGUGGAGGAGUUGGUGGAGGGGGAGAAAAGACUGCCUUUUCCUUCAAGAAGUGCUCAGCUUUCCAGUUUGUCAAGAGAAAGGUACGAAGAUGGAUGCGGAACCCCAAGGUGAGCGUGGAGAAAGCCCAGGGGAAAGGCCUCCUCUGUCCAUGUCCAAAGUGUCCACUGGCUGAGGACCUGUGGUACACGCACAUCCCCUCGCCAUAUGGCUGCUGUCACUACACUGGCCAGCAGGGCGGCCAAUACUACCACCAUGAGCCGUGCUCGCCGUGUCCAGCCAGUGGCCAAACGGGCGGCCAUGAUAAAAGCAAGGGCUGUAAGGUCAGGAAGUGGAAGAUGCUGGGUCGCCAUCACAGCGACAGCACAGGCAAGCAGAAGGAAGCUGAGUCAGAGUCGGUCCAUCUGGGAGGCUGUCAGUCCUGGGGGAUCCACGCCUCGCCCCUGCUGGCCAGUCCCGUCAUGCUGGAGUGCUCCGUCUGCAGUGGACCCUACAUCAGCUACACCCUGGAGGAUAUGUGGCAGCCGCGCCAACGCACGCAGGCGAUGGACCUGUACUACCACAAUGACUCAGACCCAGACAGUUUGUACUGUUGCCCCGGCGACAACACUUUCAUGAAACAGAGGAAAAUGGGUCUGAACGACUUCAUUCAGAAGCUUGCCACCAACUCCUACUGCAAGCAUCCAGAGGUUCAGUCUAUUCUGAACUUAAAUCCACCUCAGGAUGCUGAGCUCAUGAAUGCAAACCCCUCUCCUCCUCCCAGUCCAUCCCAGCAGAUAAACCUCGGUCCAUCCUCCAACCCUUCAGCCAAACCCAACGACUUCCACUUCCUCAAGGUGAUCGGCAAAGGCAGCUUCGGCAAAGUCCUGCUGGCACAUCACCGCACAGAUGACCAGUUCUACGCCGUCAAAGUCUUACAGAAGAAGGCCAUUCUCAAGAAGAAGGAGGAAAAACACAUCAUGUCAGAGAGGAAUGUACUGCUCAAGAAUGUCAAGCAUCCAUUCUUGGUCGGCCUGCACUACUCUUUCCAAACGACAGACAAACUCUACUUUGUCCUGGACUACAUCAAUGGUGGAGAGUUGUUCUACCACCUCCAGAGAGAGCGCUUCUUCCUCGAGCCCAGAGCCAGGUUCUAUGCUGCAGAGAUCGCCAGCGCCCUCGGCUACCUCCACUCUCUGAACAUCGUCUACAGAGACCUGAAGCCAGAGAACAUCCUGCUGGACUCACAGGGACACAUCAUCCUCACAGACUUCGGCCUGUGCAAGGAGAACAUUGAACCCAACGGGACCACGUCGACUUUCUGUGGCACACCAGAGUACUUAGCUCCUGAGGUGCUUCACAAGCAGCCGUACGACAGGACGGUAGACUGGUGGUGUUUAGGGGCCGUUCUCUAUGAAAUGCUCUAUGGCCUGCCUCCGUUCUACAGCCGUAACACAGCGGAGAUGUAUGACAACAUCCUGAACAAGCCACUGCAGCUGAAACCCAACAUUUCCAACGCAGCCAGACACUUGCUGGAGGGUUUGCUACAGAAGGACCGCACCAAGAGGCUGGGCUGCGCAGACGACUUUAUUGAAAUAAAGAACCACGUAUUCUUCUCACCCAUCAACUGGGAUGAACUCAAUGCCAAAAAAAUCACCCCACCCUUCAACCCCAAUGUGACUGGUCCCAAUGACCUGCGGCACUUUGAUCCAGAGUUCACAGAUGAGCCGGUGCCCAACUCCAUAGGCUGUUCUCCAGACAGUGCACUCGUCACAGCCAGCAUCAAAGAUGCUGCCGAAGCCUUCCUGGGUUUCUCCUAUGCCCCUUCUAUGGACUCCUACCUAUAGGAUUUAAACAAAGACACUUAAAAGGACAUCACUUUAGAUUUACCGGGCAUGAACUGUGUCCAUGGAUCAGCAUCUUGACCCCCACCCAACAUUUCCUGUCACGGUGAUGGAUAUUUCUUAAGCAAAAAGUCCUGCAUCCACAAAGAACUAUAGACACGUGUACCUGCCAUAACUUCUCCAUCCCUUAAACGCAUUGAAGAAGAUGGGUAGAUUCUGCCUGUGAAAUGACUUCUUGUAGUAAAUCUCCAUUUUACCAUGAUUUACUAAUGCACAAAAAAACUUUUCACAGUGGACACCGAGCAACAUGCUUCUACAGUCGUCGAUUGUUCGUCUUGAGUCUGAUAGUGGAAGUCCUUUGCACAUAGCUCAGGAAGCUUAAAAGCCCCCAUCUAAUCCCCCCCCCCCCACACCCUUGGAGGUACAACUAACAAGCACACGCUUUCAUCUUUUUCCAUCAGAGAAAGGCUUGGCCAGUACUGUGCUGCUGACCCCGACCACGAACACACCAUCUUCCAUUUAUGUAGCGAAACAUCUCAGAUUUGAGAUCCCGUCCAUCAGAUCGGGAUCUACCUGCCAGUCGAGUCUGAAUGAGUAGUUCGGAAAAGAUUUCAUUCACCCGUUAUGGUGCUUUAGUUUUCUUAUCAUUUUUCUACGUGUGCUUUUUGAAAGGGGAGUUGUUUGAAGCCGAAUGUUACAGAGGGGGACAUUUUAUUUUUCUCUCAAAGGUGCCUUUAUUUUCUUCUCACCGUCACAUCUUGUCACAUCUUUUGGGUUCACCCAUGUCCAACUUUAUUGUCGCUGUUUCGCGCGUUGUUUCCUUUUGUGGAGAGGAACAGUGUAGCAUUAAAACAUUUUUAUACAGCUGUUAGGUCUUUAACGUGGGAGACGUGGGAACUCAACUGAUGUUUCAUGUCUUCAUUUGCACAUAAAACAAUAAUGGUAAUGCUGAGAGAGAGACAGAGAGAGAGAGAGAGAGAGCACUGCUGCUAUAGGUGAGAAGGAGAGUAAUGCGUCUAGAGGUGUUAAUGUAGUUCUGCUUGCCAACAGUGUCCCCCUCACAUAGUCUUCCAUUCACCUCACAGUAAUCUAAGUAGCUGUCAUCGUUGAAACUGAACAUUCCAUGUUAAUAUUGCUGUAAUGCAGUUUGAUGGUAUUUAAGUUUGUUUGUAUAUUUGGAGUUAUGUGUCCUAGUUUUAAUGUAUAUUGAACAAAAAUGACUAAAGGUAUGCUUAAAUAUAUACAUAUACAUAUAUAUGUAUAUACAUAUAUAAUGUAUCAAGUCAUGUUAAAUGUACUGUAAAUUGUAAAAUUGUUUAAAAGAAUUUAAGUGACCAUGUCUCGUUUGCAAUAAAACUUUAAACUUGA